AUGUCGGAAUACUGGAAAUCUACGCCCAAAUACUGGUGCAAGCACUGCUCAGUCUACGUCCGCGACACGAAGCUCGAGCGCGCAAACCACGAGGCGACAGCAAAGCAUCAGGGCGCCCUGAAGCGCUCGCUGCGAGACCUGCACCGCAACCACGAGAGGGAAGAGCGGGAGAAGGAGAGGGCGCGAAGAGAGAUCAACAGGCUCAAUGGCGUCGUUGGCGGAUCGUCGUCCAGCUCGUCAGCCGCGACGGCCAGGACGGCAGCACCGACAGAAGCUCAGCUCAAGUCUCAGCGGGAGCAGCUGGCUGCGCUGGGGGUUGCGAUUCCGACUGAUAUCCGACCCGAAAUGGCCAUGCCGGGCGAGUGGACGGUUACAAAGACGACUAUAAUCGAAGACAGACCAGAAGCGGACGGCGAAACUUCGAUCGAGGCCCGGGCAACAGGCGUCAGGAAGCGCGAAGAGACGGACGAGCAGAAGGAGGAGGAGGAAGCCAUGCGAGGACUCUUCAAGAAGCCAAGGCGAUGGGGCCGCGACUCCAAGACGAUGCCGGACGACGAAGACCAGGAUCUAGACGCGCUGCUGAGCAACGCGGUGCCGUUGAAGACGGAAACCAAGAGGGAAGAAGACGCAGUGAAGAAGGAGGAAGAUGCUGACGAUGGCGACUCUACAAAAGUGAAGAUUUUGAAGGAAGAGGACGUUUCUAUCAAAUCAGACCCCGACGCUGAGUUGCAUGGCAAGGAGCCGGCUGUUGAUCGAGAACCAGUUGUCAAGGCGGAAGAGACAGGAGAGUCGAGCGGCAUCACGCCAGUGGUUUUCAAGAAGCGCAAACCAAAGGGCAUCCGCAGCAAGUGA